AUACUUUCUUAAAUAUGGAACAUUCCAAUUUGCUACAGCUCUAGCUCUGACCUUCUGGUAUUCAUUUCAUCUAUUUGAAGUGCAAAUCCGAAUAUAGAAAUAUGACUGGCAUAAUAGACUCUGUAGAAAUGCCAAAAUUGCCGGAUAAUCAAAAGUCUUUCGCAGGUAUACCAGAAGCUGUGUUUUUGGAGGAAAUUGAUACAUUCAUGUCACAACCAGAAAAUGAAGAUAAUUGUGAAAAAGUAUUGCAGAGAUUAGAUGAACAACAUAGCAAAUAUAGAUUCAUGGCGUAUAACCUAGAAGCGAGGCGUCGUAAACUCAAAUCACAAAUACCAGACUUGCAACGUUCUUUAGAGAUGAUAAAUGUUCUUAGACAAGAGAAAGAAGAGCGCGAAACGCAAUUUCUCCUUAGUGAUCAGGUUUUUAUAAAAACCCUUGUACCACCAACGAAAACAGUGUGUCUUUGGCUCGGCGCUAGUGUCAUGUUGGAAUAUCCACUAGACGAAGCCGAAGAACUCUUGAAACAAAAUAUGAACUCUGCAAUUAUAAACCUCAAGACGGUUGAACAUGAUCAAGAUUUUCUGAGGGAUCAAUUGACGACCACCGAAGUAAAUAUGGCUCGGGUCUAUAACUGGGGUGUAAAAAAACGACAAGCUGCUGCAAAAACGAAUGUUUCCACCACCUCAUAAUUAAAAAAAAAAUCAUUUCAAUCUAUUAUUAACGAGAAAAUUUGAGGGCAACAUGCUUUGUAUAACUUCGACUCUUCAUGAGUAAAUGACUAAAAUUUUAAGCUGUAACA